UAUAAAACACUAGGUCCUUCCUCACUAUGGACUCUAUUUUAUCACUUCACUGCCAUACCAACCGACAUGUACACAUCGCGAAGCAGGUGUAGGUCGGAGGAGUUGUGAUCUCGAGCCAAGGAGGAAAGAGAAAUCGAUGGAUGCUGCCAUAGUCAGCGCGGUGCUAAACUUCGCCCUGCCGAAGAUCUAUGAGGCGAUUAAAGGAGGAAGAAGAAACCAGCGGCAGGACCUUGAAGAUGACGUCCGAUCCAUCGAAACAGAGUUUAAGUUCAUUGAAGCUGCCAUCAAAGAUUAUCGCAAUGAUCCGAGCUAUGUGCGCGAAGCCUGGAUCAAGGCGCUGAGGUGCUUAGCGUACGAUAUUGAGGACUGCGCAGACCGCUUCUUGCCUCCUAUCUUCGGGAAGGAGAUAAACCGUCGGCAGCUCGCCGACAAGAUUGGUCGACUCAAGAAAUUAGCAGAGGGGAUAAGCGAGAGCUUAAGGCGUUACAUCAAAGAGAAGCAGGGGCCACUAGAAUGUGCUCCGUCUUCCGCCUUGGUAGCACCACCGACGCCCUCCUCCUAUCCACAAGGGCAGGAUGGUCAGGGCGUUGCUCUGGAUGACCUGGUCGGCAUGGAGGAGCACCUCCAUGAUCUUCGGGCGCUGGUGAUGAGCCCAUCAGAGAGGAAGCUCAAGGUGAUCUCCAUCGUUGGCUUUGGUGGCAUGGGCAAGACUCUUCUUGCCGACCUAGUGUACAGGGAUACGGAUGUGCGGAAAAAGUUCCCUCUGCAAGCUUUUGUUCUCUCGGCAGGCAAGGAUAAGCACAAGAUUCUGGAAGAGAUAAUAGAGCAAUUACAAGCUCAAGGCGUCAAGGGCAAGGGCGUGCAUGUGGCGAGUGCCUCCAUAGACGUCCCACAAGUUGACAAGGGCAAGGGCAUGCUUGGUGCGAGCACCUCUACCCAAGCCCCACAGAUAGAGAACGGCCUCUUCGGCGAGGGCGCCUCCACUCGUGGCCAACAGAUCGGGGUCCAUGAUGGUGCGAGUGCCUCCGGUGAGGUCUCGCAACACAUGAAUGACGUAGACACACGUCUAAGAUUACGCCUAGCGGCCAACAGGUACUUCAUCGUGAUUGAUGACGUACAAACGAAAGAGUUGGGCGCUUCUAUAAUAGAUGCCUUCCGUCGGGCAGAGGAAUUGGAGGGCAGAAUUAUCGUGACGACGACCAUACAGAAGGUAGCUACAAGCUGCAGCUCUGGUCACGAUCACGUGUACAAGAUGAGACGACUCGAUGAUGAGAAAGCAAAAGAGCUGUUCUUCAAACAAGUUAGCAAAAUGGGGCCACUCCCUGGUGAGAGUGAGCAAGAGUCAUGGGACAUCUGGAAGAAAUGUGACGGUGUACCACUUGCUCUGGUUAGCAUAGCCCAGUCCUGCAAUGGAGAUCUUGGCAGAUGCAGAGAUGCCUGGAGAGAACUCUGUACGUGUACCACGGAACGGGACAGGGACUACUGGCUAGGAAGAAUGAAGGCGAUACUUCACCAUAGCUACGACAGUCUAUCUGGCCUCGGUCUCGAGGUCUGCUUGCUAUACUUUUGCCUGUUCCCAUAUGGCCAUCCUAUCAGGAGGGCAUCUCUGAUAAGGAGAUGGCUGGCAGAAGGCCUCGUAGUACCAGAAGUUGAGGGCAGUAAAGUUCCCCUGGCCGAUGCUGCUGUGGAGAACUUCAAGACCCUCAUCGAACGGAAUGUCAUUUGGCCCAUCCCAGAAAGCUACAACCAGAAGGUGAAGACAUGCCAAUCUCUCGGGAUGAUGCUGGACUACGUUUCCCGCAAGUCUGAGUCGGAGGGUUUCAUCAUGUUGUCUUGUGAUGAGACGUGUGAACCCGAAGACAUCCGCCGGCUUUCUCUCCAUCAUACAGGUGCUGCCGACGACGGAUCGGUCUUGUUCAAUAAUGAUCUACGUCGCCUGCGGACUCUGGCGGUAUUCCGUAGCAACGAAGGCAAGGCUGCUUUGAAUUUUUCCAGCUGUGUGCUGCUCCGGGUGUUGGAUCUAGCGGCAUGCCAUGGUCUGGGUAGCAGGCAACUCAAAGAAAUAUGCAAACUGUUGCGGCUGCUGAAAUAUCUGAGCCUCCGGGCAGAGAUUACAGUGGUCCCACGGGAAAUAGCGAGACUGCAGUGCUUAGAGACACUCGACCUGGGGAAAAAGAGAGAGGAGGUAGUCACGGUGCCAGCUGAAGUCCUCGAGCUGCCCAACCUAAAAUACCUCCUUGGGAAGUUGAAGCUUCGCAAGUACAGGUGGAAGAGAAAUCUAGAGACGUUCUUAAAACAAAAAAGUAAGCUGGAGACGCUAGCAGGAUUUGUCACCACCGGCAGGAGCCGAGAUUUUCCACAGCUGAUGUGCCAUAUGAGCCGCUUGAGGAAGGUGAAAAUGUGGUGCGUUUCCCAUGCAGAUGGCAGAACCUUGACUCAUGAUUUUUCAAAAGGCAUCAAAGAAUUCCUUUGUAAAGCCAAGCUUACGCCCCGCGUCCCUCAUUCCCUUUCAAUUGACUUCCGACAAUGCACGGUACCAUUCCUGAACUCUAUAAAUGCUCCUAAUGAUCUUCCUGCCAAAGAGGAUUCUGGUAGUAUUGCAUCCCUGAAGCUGCGCGGCGACCUGAGCCAAAUUCCCGCGUUUGUUGCUAAUCUGCUUGGCAUUAAAGAGGUGUGCCUUUCAUCGACUACCCUUAGCUUGGAAGCUAUUCUAGCCGGCUUGAGCAACUUGUCUGUAUUACAAUAUCUGAAGCUGGAUGCACGUAAUAUUGAUGGCGACGUCGUCGUCAUACGUCCGGAGCAAUUCAAGGGCCUGAAGCGGAUGUGCAUUGUGGCCGAGCAAAGUCUGCCCCGGAUAACAAUCGAAAAAGGAGCUCUGAAGCUUCUUGUCUCACUUCAUCUGCUCUGUCAAGAUCUAGAUGGUCUUUCUGGUGUCCAAAUCCAACACCUCAUGAGUCUCAAGGAAGUUGCACUCCACCGUGCAGUCACCGAACAAACAAAAGAUGCUUGGAAAGCAGCUGCGAGGGGCCAUCCUAAAGGGCCCAACGUUUUGUUGAUCGACCCUCGCCGAGAUGAAGAACCGACGCAACUGUGCCCUCCAACCCAAGCAUCCAGUGGAGCUGCUCGGGGAACGCUGUCAAAUGUAGCUACGAAGUCCAGACAAAUAGCUGGUGCCAUUUUCCGCCUUGGUGCAGGGGCUGCUACAAAUUAAUACGCCUCAGUUCCGUGCUGCAGCUGCAGCUGCCAAGAGCUGGGAUACGGAUUUGUCUCCUUUCGUGCCAACCGGUUACCUUUUUUUGCGUCAAUAAAGUUUACCAUAGUGUCCACUUUGCUUUUUCAAAAUCACAUGUGUUGAGUGUCCAAGUUUACCAUAGUGCCAAUCGAAUGUGUUGAGUGUCCAAGUUUAAAUUCAAGUUUUCUGCUACUGUUGUAUACUUUUCUUUAAAGAUGGUCGCUAUUGUUGUGUA